AUUUCAAUUUUAAACCUGAUUUGUUCUAGAGGGAUCAAUCGCAGCUCAAAAUUCCCGAAAAUCCCAAUUUCAGGAUCGGGCAAUCCAGUUCAUGGCGUCGACGCCGUUGAAUAAGAUCGAGAGAGCCCACCAGUUGUACAGAGACGGCCUCUACGAGGAGGCGCUGGGGUUCUACACGGAGGCGCUCUCCAUGGCCAAGACCAAGGGCCAGAAGAUCGCCUUGCACAGCAACAGGGCUGCUUGUUACUUGAAAAUGCAUCAUUUCAAAAAGGCAGCAGAGGAAUGCACAUCUGUUCUUGAGCUUGAUCAUCAGCAUACAGGAGCCUUGAUGCUGCGGGCACAGACACUGGUCACCCUGAAGGAUUACCAUUCAGCACUCUUUGAUGUCAAUCGGCUCUUAGAGUUGAAUCCAUCUUCAGAAGUUUAUCAAAACCUUCAAGCUCGUUUAAGGACACAAUUGUCACUGGCUCCAAUACCGGAAUCUGAAGGAGAAAUGGAAGAAGAGGAAGAACAGCAUGAAGCAGGACCAUUUAAAAUUAAGGAAAAAGGGGAACAAGAUGAUAAAAGAAAGGAUACUGUAGUUUCAGUUGUGAGGGGAGAUCAUAAAGCUGAGAUUAGCUGCACUUCAAAUGUGGAAGGUAAUGUCCCUAAAGCGCCUGGCAUCGAGGAAUCUCCUAGAAGAGAGACAGAUCAGAAAAAUGUGCCUGGAACUGCUAACGGAGUUAUUGCUUCCCAAAAGCAGAGUGGAAAGGAUUCCAAAGGUUGGCAGGCAAUCCCAAAACCAAAGGGACAUUCAGCUCUGGACUAUGCAAGGUGGGAUAGAGUUGAAGAUGAUUCUAGUGAAGAAGAAGAUGAUGAUGAUGAUGAUGAUGAUGACUCCUCCCUCCCUCAGUAUCGGUUCCGAGUAAGAACUGUUGGUGUACGGCCAGUCAAAUGAAAAUACUAAAUUCUCUGAAACAAAUAAUGCUUAUAUUUUCUGCAAUACCAUCACAUAGAGCCUCAAAUGUAGAGGAAAGUGGAAUUUGAGAAGCUCUGAUUGAUGGAUCCAUCAAGCCAAAACUUUGAGAUCUAGGAGAACCGUCUUUGUCACGUACGAAGUUCAAGUAGUUGACAGGAUUGCCAUAAAAGCUACAGAAGGAGCAGAUUUUGCACUUGAGACUCUAGCUUUGAGCAUGUUUCAUAUUUGUACAAAAAAUAUUCGGUUGCUAAAGAGUAUCCCUUUAAGGACUACCUGUCAAGUUAUGAACAUUGAUUUCAGCUUUGUGAUGAUCACAUCACAUCUAGUAAUUUAUCCCUUUAGUUGUUUCUCAAUGGGGUGAAAUUUUAUGCCCUUGAGAACAACUACUGGUCAGAGGAAGUUUGUAUUUUUUUAAGUUAUUCAUUCAUUGAUGUGUAAAGUUGUGUAUUAUCAAGCUGUCAAAAACGUAGAUUACCCCAAAUGCAACCUAAUUCAGGCAAAUUCUCUGAUGUUUCCUCAGGGCGAGGGGCAUUGUUACUACUUUUGGUCAUAAAGAGGCAUUAUAUAC